AUGGGAGAGCAGAGACAAAUGGCACGACAAACUACCAACCUCAUAGAGGAGCCCCUUGAUCUUAUCAGGCUCAGGAUUUACGUGAAAAUGAAAAAUCACUGAGAGCUUCAAGGCAGAUUACAUGCUUAUGAUCAACAUUUAAAUAUGAUAUUGGGAGAUGUGGAACAAACUGUGACUACUAUAGAAAUUGAUGAAGAAACAUAUGAAGAGAUCUAUAAAUCAAUGAAACAGAAUAUUCGAGUGCUGUUUGUCUGUGGAGAUGGUGUUGUCCUAGUUGCCCCUCCAUUGAGAGUUGGCUGA